CCUAGGCGCAGACGCAUUGAGCCCAAGCAGCCGGUGAUGGCGGCAGCUGCGGUGGUGGCUGCGGCGGGUCCGGGCCCAUGAGGCGACGACGGAGGCGGGACGGUUUUUACCCAGCGCCGGACUUCCGAGACAGGGAAGCUGAGGACAUGGCAGGAGUGUUUGACAUAGACCUGGACCAGCCAGAGGACGCGGGCUCUGAGGAUGAGCUGGAGGAGGGGGGUCAGUUAAAUGAAAGCAUGGACCAUGGGGGAGUUGGACCAUAUGAACUUGGCAUGGAGCAUUGUGAGAAAUUUGAAAUCUCAGAAACUAGUGUGAACAGAGGGCCAGAAAAAAUCAGACCAGAAUGUUUUGAGCUACUUCGAGUACUUGGUAAAGGGGGCUAUGGAAAGGUUUUUCAAGUACGAAAAGUAACAGGAGCAAAUACCGGGAAAAUAUUUGCCAUGAAGGUGCUUAAAAAGGCAAUGAUAGUAAGAAAUGCUAAAGAUACAGCUCAUACAAAAGCAGAACGGAAUAUUCUGGAGGAAGUAAAGCAUCCCUUCAUUGUGGAUUUAAUUUAUGCCUUUCAGACUGGUGGAAAACUCUACCUCAUCCUUGAGUAUCUCAGCGGAGGAGAAUUAUUUAUGCAGUUAGAAAGAGAAGGAAUAUUUAUGGAAGACACAGCCUGCUUUUACUUGGCAGAAAUCUCCAUGGCUUUGGGGCAUUUACAUCAAAAGGGGAUCAUCUACAGAGACCUGAAGCCGGAGAAUAUCAUGCUUAAUCACCAAGGUCAUGUGAAACUAACAGAUUUUGGACUAUGCAAAGAAUCUAUUCAUGACGGAACAGUCACACACACAUUUUGUGGAACAAUAGAAUACAUGGCCCCUGAAAUCUUGAUGAGAAGUGGCCACAAUCGUGCUGUGGAUUGGUGGAGUCUGGGAGCAUUAAUGUAUGACAUGCUGACUGGAGCACCCCCGUUCACUGGGGAGAAUAGAAAGAAAACAAUUGACAAAAUCCUCAAAUGUAAACUCAAUUUGCCUCCCUACCUCACACAAGAAGCCAGAGAUCUGCUUAAAAAGCUGCUGAAAAGAAAUGCUGCUUCUCGUCUUGGAGCUGGUCCUGGGGAUGCUGGAGAAGUUCAAGCUCAUCCAUUCUUCAGACAUAUUAACUGGGAAGAACUGCUGGCUCGGAAGGUAGAGCCCCCCUUUAAACCUCUGUUGCAAUCUGAAGAGGAUGUGAGUCAGUUUGAUUCAAAGUUUACACGUCAGACACCUGUUGACAGCCCAGAUGACUCAACUCUGAGUGAAAGUGCCAACCAGGUCUUUCUGGGUUUUACAUAUGUGGCUCCAUCUGUACUUGAAAGCGUGAAAGAAAAGUUUUCCUUUGAACCAAAAAUCCGGUCACCUCGAAGAUUUAUUGGCAGCCCACGAACACCUGUCAGCCCUGUCAAAUUUUCUCCUGGGGAUUUCUGGGGAAGAGGUGCUUCAGCCAGCACGGCAAAUCCUCAGGCGCCUGUGGAAUACCCAAUGGAAACAAGUGGAAUAGAGCAGAUGGAUGUGACGGUGAGUGGGGAAGCUUCAGCACCACUUCCAAUACGACAGCCGAACUCCGGGCCAUACAAAAAACAAGCUUUUCCCAUGAUCUCCAAACGACCAGAACACCUGCGUAUGAAUCUAUGACAGAGCAAUGCUUUUAAUGAAUUUAAGGCAAAAAAGGUGGGGAGAGGAUGUGUGAGCAUCCCGCAAGGUGAAACAAGAAGACUCAAAAUGACAGUCUCGAAGAGUCAGUGUCAUUACAUAGAACACAUUGGACAGAGGAAAAAUAAACAUGGAUUUUAAAAAAUCAAUCAAUGGUGCAAAAAAACUUAAGUGAAAAUAGUACUGCGGAACUCUUAGGCACAUCAAUUAAUUGAUUCCUAGCAACAUCGUCUCAACCUAUCAAGGAUUUUCAUGUUGAUGGCUCGAAACUGACAGUAUUAAGGGUAGGAUGUUGCUUCUGAAUCACUGUUGAGUUCUGAUUGUGUCGAAGAAGGGUUAUCCUUUCAUUAGGCAAAGUAUGAGUUUGCCUGUAAUACUUGCAACUAAGGACAAAUUAGCAUGCAAGCUUGGUCAAACUUUCCAGCAACAUGGAAUCAAAGACGAAAGAAACUUAACAAUUGAUGUUUUACGUGCAAACAACCUGAAUCUUUUUUUAUAUAAAUAUAUAUUUUUCAAAUAGAUUUUUGAUUCAGCUCAUUAUGGAAAACAUCCCAAACUUUAAAAUGCGAAAUUAUUGGUGUGAAGAAAGCCAGACAACUUCUGUUUCUUCUCUUGGUGAAAUAAUAAAAAUGCAAAUGAAUCAUUGUUAACCACAGCUGUGGCUCGUUUGAGGGAUUGGGGUGGACUUGGGGUUUAUUUUCAGUAACCCAGCUGCAAUACCUGUCUGUAAUACUAGAAAAAAAAAAUCUAUUUAAUCAUUUCUACUUGCAGUACUGUUAUGUGCUAAGCUUAACUGGAAGCCUUGGAAUGGGCAUAAGUUGUAUGUCCUACAUUUCAUCCUUAUCCUGGGCCUGCAUUGCACUGGAAAAAUAUCGCCACCUUAUACCAGUAUUUGGUUCAAGACGUCAAAUGUGUUCAGCCUAUGGCUGAAGAAGGACAGAAGAGAGGAUAAAAUGCAUAUCGAGGGCGGCAAAGUGAGAGAGAGGAGGGAGAUCCAGGGGAAGAGGGUGUUGCCACGGUCCACCCUCUAUGUCUAAUCUCUUUACAGCAAAUUGGUAAGGUUUUAAGUUUCACUUCUUUUUACUGUUUUUGGUGUCUGCCUUCCUUACAUUUUUUCCUCAAUGGUUUUAAAAGGAAAAAAGGUAUUUUUUUUUCCUAUAUUGGGGCUACAUUUUUUGAUUGUAAAAGUAUUUGAUGGCCUUUUGAUGAAUGUCUUCCACAGAAAAUAAGAAAACUCAGUGGCUUAAUUUAGGAAACAUGUUAACAAAACACUAUGUUUUUGAAAAUUGUAACAAAGUCUACAUAAGUGAUUUACAGGUACAAAGAAUAAAAAUAAAGGUAACUUUACCUUUCUUAAAUA